ACUUCCUUGAUUGGUAUUUUAGGCUCCUGGUAUUAACGUUGAAGCUUCCUGUAAUAUCAGAGGAAGCUCAUGGAGAAACUACCCUUACUGCUCAAGCCACCAAGGCCAAACAUGUAUAAAACAGCUGCAGAGUUAUGGAGGAUUGAGUUGUAGCGUAUGUUUGAUAUCAAUAUGUCUAAUAGCAAUUCUAGGGUAUUGGAGUCACCAGAAACUGAGCGUGGAGAUGACUCCAAUUUCGAGCUCCCAGAGGACUACUUGAUGUCGGAUGGCUGGUUGGAGGAUUAUCAGCCAGCUGUUAUUAAUUCCGGAUUCACCGGGAAUCCUGUUAAUCAAGAAAAUACAGUUAAUGAGACUGGUGGGAUUAGCAGCCUCCACGAAGGACCAAAUAACAGAGAAAGUGAAGGUAGAAGGGUGGAGGGGAAAGUAAGAGAAAGACUUGCAUUUCGAACACGGUCAGAGGUUGAAGUACUGGAGGAUGGGUACAAGUGGAGGAAAUAUGGAAAGAAGAAGGUGAAGAACAGUCCAAAUCCAAGGAAGUAUUAUGGAUGUUCUGUAGAAGGGUGUCCUGUGAAGAAGAGAGUUGAAAGAGAUAGAGAGGAUCCAUCUUAUGUGAUUACAACUUAUGAGGGGGUCCAUAACCACAACUCUCCUCAGUGUUUAAUGUUUCCUCAGGUUCCUACCGCUACCACUAAAGUAACAAUAGUGAAUCCAUCUGAUUCCCGAAAAAUGGUGGAGCAGUUUAAUGGACAGCAGCUUGAAAGUGACAUAACUGAGGAACUCGGCAUGCCAGUAUACAUAGAAACAAAGGAUGAAUCGCUAUUUAGUGUUGAAAGAUGCACCAAUAUGAGCUCCAGUCAAGGUGGAGUGCUGACAGAGAUACCAGAAGGAGACGAAUGGAUUGCUCCAAAUAUCUGUGCAAUUGUUUGUAAACCUGUUCUCCCAGAAUCUCCAAACUGCCCAUUUCUGGUUGCUCUGUCCUUGGAAGGAAGCAAAGCUCUUAUGGCUAUCCCUUCGUCGUUCUUUGAGCACAUGCCUGUCCUUACACGCUUGAAUUUGUCUCAUACUAGUAUCAGAUCUUUGCCUGUGUCUCUUUUCAAGUUGGUUUCACUUAAAGAACUCAGUCUAAGGCACUGCAAACUCUUCAUGGAAUUGUCACCACAAGUUGGACAACUUUAUAAUCUUGUUUUGCUAGAUCUUGAUGAGACUCAGAUUGCGGAAUUGCCAAAGGAGAUUGGAAAACUUUCUAAUCUAGAAAUUUUGAGAUUAUCCCUUGAUGGAUACAUGAAUUGUGGAAAGCAGUCGCAGGAAAAUGUAUUAAUUCAUCCUGGGACCAUUAAAAGGCUUUCGCAGUUGAUGGAAUUAAAAAUUGAUGUGAAUCCAGAGAAUGACGACUGGAAUGCAGUUGAGGAAGUUGUUGUAGAGGAAAUCUGUAGCCUGGAAAGAUUGAAGUGUCUCAUAUUAUACCUGCCAAAUAUUCAGAUUUUGGGAAAACGCAGAACAGGUGGCUCAUCACUGGAUUAUUAUCCCUUGUGGAGAUUCAGGUUUACUGUUGGGCAGCAUAGACAGCGUAUCAUCUCUCGAGUGCCUAAAAAAGUUGAAGCUCACUUUCAAGAGUGGGACAAAUGCUUGAAAUUUGUAAAGGGCAAUGAUAUCUCAAGUGGGAUGAAAAGGGUAGCUGGAUACACUCAAGCAUUCUACCUUGAAUGUCAUUUCACUGCUAGAAGCUUGUGUGAUUUUGGGAUUGAGAAUAUUGAAAAACUAGAGUUCUGCUUAUUGGCAGAAUGUAAUGAAAUCCAGACAAUCAUUGAUGGUGAAAAGCCUUAUGAAGAAGAACAAAUCAAUAUGGUUGAAGAUGAGGCAACCAAUUAUGAGUCCAAAGGUGGUUCAUUUUCUUCUCAACAACUUAUACUUUUGAAUCUACAGUACUUGUAUAUCUAUUACCUGAAGAAUUUAGUAAGCAUUUGGAGAACCCCCACAUAUGAUAAGCGGUGUCUAUCUGGCUUAAAGGUCCUAGAACUCCAUGUGUGCCCCAAAUUGAGUGUCAUUUUCACACUAGCUUUGCUUACUAGUCUUGGCAAGUUGGAGGUGCUUGUUGUUGAAGACUGCCCUGAAUUGACGAGUGUUGUAAGCCCAACAAGCAAUGCAUCCUUUAAGUCUGCAAAAGAUUGUUUUCUACCUAGCUUGAAGAUGGUGUUACUUCUUUUCCUUCCAAAAUUGGAAAGCAUUUCUAGUGACUUUCUCAUUGCACCAAAACUGGAAAAAAUAGGCUUUUAUGAUUGUCCAGAGCUUAAGGGUCUUUCCAAAAGGGAAAUGUCAAGUAAAAAUUUGACAUUGAUCAAAGGAGAAAGAGAGUGGUGGGAAGCAUUGGAGUGGGAUGAGUCAGAUUGGGAGUGUCGGCCUGAUUAUCUCCAUAGCAUUUUCUCCCCAAUUGAUGAAGAUGAUGAUGUGAUGACACAAAUGGAAGAGAUGUGCGAGUCAUUCAAGCAAUACAACAAGAAUGGCCAUUCCAAACCCUGGAUCCAGAUGCAGAAGCAUGACAUUGGUGCUGUUGGUUGCUCAGAUCUCAGAUUAAGUCACAGAGGCGGUGCUGAAUUUAAGUCUCUGAAUUUGGCUGAUAGUUUGUUUUCUGUUAAGCAGUGUUUAACCUUGCAAUUAGCAUGUCUUUGGAAAUUAUGGGAUCUAAGCCUACUGCUUGAUAUUGAGGGCAUAUUUUUAAGAGAUGUUUCUUAAUGUAGACUCUAUGUCACGAGGAUUAGCAAGACAGGCUAUAUAUUGCUGUAUAAAUAUUUUUACUUAAUUUCCUCAAUUUAGCCACCUUUCAUGCUCUAUAUUUUGAAAGAUUUCAUGUGGAAUGACUUUUAGUGGUUUGUUUAUACUAAAAGAAAAUUAUUUGUGAAAUUAGGAUACAGGACUUUUAAUAUAAGAUUUAUAUCUAA